AUGCCGUUCAAGAUCAAGCUGCGGAGGACCAAGCGCUACAAUGUCCUGAGCAAGAACUGCUUUCUGAGCCGCAUAAGACUCCUGAACUCCUCGGAGAUCCAGUGCACGCUGUCCAUGGACAGUACAGGACUGGAGUGUCUGGAGGCCGUAGCGCAAAGACUGGAGUUAUGUGAGACCCAUUACUUUGGCCUCUGGUUUGUCGGGAAGAACCAACAAGCGCGAUGGGUGGAGCUGGAGAAACCAUUGAGGAAGCAACUAGACAAGUUCUCAGUGGAACCCGUGCUGUACUUUGGCGUCAUGUUCUAUGUGCCGAACGUUUCUUAUCUAAACCAGAGCGUCACCAGGUACCAGUAUUACCUCCAGUUAAGAAAGAAUGUCUACGAUGGACAAGUGCACUGUACUGUGGAUCAGUACAUCCGACUAGCUGCCCUGGCCAUUCAAGUGGAGUUUAAAGAUUACAAUCUGUUUGAGACACAGGACUUCCUCAGAGAGUGCAUGUUGUUUCCCGUGGGCUGGACCCAGGAUGCCACCUUACUGGAAGAACUGCUGCUAAAAGUGGCUCUGGAGCACAAAGCUGUAAGUGGGAUGAGACCGGAGGAAGCUGAGGUUUUGUACAUACAGGAAGUGCAGCAGUUGGAUGGCUACGGACAGGAGUGUUUCCAUGUUAAGGAUAGUCACAGCAAUGAUGUAACCCUCUGCAUCUUCUUUAUGGGAAUUUUUGUUGGAGACAACCAUGGGAAAUCAUCGGCCUCUUUCAGGUGGAAUGACAUUGGGAAUAUCACACACAACAAGUCUGCAAUUGUCCUGGAGCUGAACAGAAAGGAAGAGAGUGUCCUUUUUCACACGGACGACAUUGAAAACAGCAAAUACAUAUCACGGCUGUUUGCCACUCGGAUGAAAUUCUACAAAGAGAACAAAAUUUGCACAGAACAGCCCAUCACACCACCUACCAUCAGGCGUCAGCCGACAUGGAGCCGGUCUUCCAUGUCAAGACAACAAGCA